GAGAAACGUCAACAAAACUCGCCUGGAAACGUAGUUCGUAAUUACUUUUUUAGCUGUUUUCCAAAUUUUAUUUUAAAAUAUCUGACUCAAAACAAUGUUGAGUAGAAUUUCCAUCAGCAACAAGCUUAAAAAUGCUUGCAAUCUCACCGUGACACGCAUGUCUUCACACUUUACGUACAAUCCAGAUUCCGUCGGAACAAAUAAAUUCCAAGGUCCUCGGGAGAAGCUCAAUAUGUUUCAAGCUAUCAACAAAGCACUCGAUCAAGCAAUGGAAAAAGACAAAAGUGCACUGUUCUUCGGGGAAGACGUCGGUUUUGGAGGAGUUUUUCGUUGUUCGAUGAAUUUGCAACAAAAACACGGCAAAGAUAGGGUUUUCAAUACGCCGUUGUGCGAACAAGGAAUUGUCGGAUUCGGAAUUGGAGUUGCAAAUACGGGAGCAACAGCGAUUGCUGAGAUACAAUUCGCUGAUUACAUCUUUCCUGCAUUCGAUCAGAUCGUGAAUGAAGCUGCUAAAUGUCGUUAUCGCAGCGGAAAUCUAUUCGAUGCUGGAUCAUUAACUAUUCGAGCGCCUUGCGGAGCUGUUGGUCAUGGCGCUCUUUACCAUUCUCAAAGUCCUGAAGGGUAUUUCGCUCAUACGCCUGGAUUACGUGUCGUUGUGCCUCGAGGACCAAUUCAAGCUAAAGGCUUGUUACUUUCGUGCAUUCAAUCCAAAGAUCCGUGCAUCGUGUUAGAACCAAAAACCUUAUAUCGUGCUGCUGUCGAUGAAGUUCCCGUGGAUUACUUUGAAUACCCAUUGGAAAAAGCUGAUGUCUUACGCUAUGGCAACGACAUCACGAUGAUUGGAUGGGGAACGCAAGUUCACGUUUUACAAGAAGUUGCUGAUAUGGCAAAGAAAGAACAUGAUAUCAAUUGUGAGGUAAUCGAUCUUGUCUCGAUUCUCCCAUGGGACAAGGAAACUGUUUGCAAUUCCGUCAAGAAAACGGGGCGUGUAUUGAUUGCUCAUGAAGCUCCCAAAACAUGCGGAUUUGGCGCAGAACUUUCAGCUACAAUCCAAGAAGAAUGCUUUUUGCAUUUGGAAGCUCCCGUUCAGAGAGUAACGGGAUUCGAUACGCCUUUCCCUCAUGUUUUCGAACCAUUUUACCUUCCUGACAAAUAUCGAUGCCUUUCGGCUGUGAAUAAAUUAGUUAAUUAUUAAGAUGAUCGGGGUUGUUGCUAUUUCUAUGUCUUCCAGACUUGCAUUUAUACUGUUAAAAAUAAAAGAAAUUUUAUAUUUUUA